AUGACUUUUCGACCUCUUUCGGCUGACGAAAUAGCCAAAUUAUUGAAUGAAAUAAACGAAGACAGUGAAGAUGGUAUGGAGGAUGACGAUGACAGUGUUGCAGAUCCUGAUUAUCGAGCUGAGGAUGAGAUGGAACAAGAGCAGUUUUCUGGCGAUGAAAAUGAAGAUGAUGAAGUGAACCUUGAAGAGAUCAUUCAUAGUUUAGAAGACAAUCAACCUGAUCCGUCUCCAUCUACAUACUUCUGCUGUGCCAACUAG